AUGAUCACCACGGCGCCCGAUGACAAAAAAAGACCACGCGGCGUCUACACAAACAAGAAGAAGCCCACUGGAACCCGUAUAUAUCUGACACCAUCUGCGUUGAACAGCCGUCCCCAGUAUGCUGUCCUUUGGACCUCACCACCAGCCUGGCGCCCCAAGUGUCCUCGUACACAAUGCAGCCGAUGGAUCGUUAGUGCCGCUGCAGAUCCGCUCAAACGAGAAGGUCAACGGUCAACUCCGGAUGCAACUCUAGCACGGAUCACGGCAAAGACGGGACUUGUGCCGUAUAAAGAUGCGGUUUCGCAACGCCCCAAGCCAUAUCCGCCGUGUGUUGAACGCUUCUUGAACCAGUCACGCAGAGCCAUGUCUCUCAAAACACUGCUGCUCCUUGCGGCCGCGCAUCUCGCGCUGGCCGAUUCCUCUCACGCCCUCUUCUACAAGGUUGUCGACCGGGAAACAGCCCAGCGAAUAGCCUCAAUCAAGGGCCUUGCCGCAGCGGGCAACGACACGCCCGUGUUCAAUGACCAGGGCUUCUGGUUCUCCCACUUCACCGUCGGGGCGAGUUCGGACCUCGAAAUCCUCAUCGACACCGGCUCGUCGGACGCCAUUCUCAACCCGGGCAUCUACAAGCCCUCGCCGGGGUCCGUCAACGCCAACCGCCGCUUCAGAAUCUCCUACGCCACCACCAACCCGGACGGAUCGGGCACUCUGACCGCAUCCGGCAACGUCUACCAAGACGUCAUCACCCAGCUCGCGGCCAACCUCAGCGUGGCCAAGCAAACCCUGGGCGACAUCCAAGACCCAACUUCGCCGCCGACGUUCCCGCGCGACGGCCUCAUCGGCUACGCCAGCCAGCAGGGCAGCGCGCUCCGCGGCUCCCCCUUCAUCAACAGCCUCUGCGACCAGGGCGCGCUGUCGGCGUGCCGGUUCGGGCUCGCGCUGAGGCCCGACAAGACCGGGGCCUUGUACUACGGCACGGUGGCGGCCGACGCCUUCACGGGGCCGCUGACCACGGUCCCAUUGACGCAGGGCGAGUGGGCGGUGCAGGGCGACGUGACGGUCGACGGGCGGCCGGUGCAGCGCGGCGCCAGCAUCAUCACCGACUCCGGAACGACCGUCGUCUUCGGCCCCACGCGCCACGUCGCCGCCGUCUUCGCCCAGGCCGGCGUCCAGGCCGUGCCCACGAGCAGCGGCAUCGCGGGCUACUACAACUGCAGCGCCGCGCCGGCCAUGGGCUUCUCGUUUGGCGGCGCCAACUUUGACAUUCUGCCCGAGGCGCUGGCGUUUGCCCGCAGCGGCGACAACUGCACCGCCGCGGUGCACGGGUCCGACGCCUUUGGGGACAAUUGGCUUGUCGGCCAGGCGUUUUUCCAGGGGCGCUACAUCGACCACAACGUCGACGACGGGACCAUGGGGUUUGCCGACCUGAAGUGA